AUGGUUUAUAGAUUAUUUUUUAUUGUUCUAAGCUGUUUAGUUCGUAAAGAUCGGGAGUUAACAAGCAAAAUUUUAUCAAUUUAAAUCUUUUUAUCAAUUACAACGACAUUUUUAUAUAAAAGCGAUGAUCCUUUCAUUACAAUUGUUAAUAUCAUGUAACUUAUUAAUUGUAUCAUGAUAUAUAUUUUUGUUAUUUGGAGUUUAAGUGCCCUUGUGAAUUUGGGAGAAUCGAUUGUUGUUUGUCCUGCGACAGACGAAGGAACAUCGGUUUAUUACCCAGUUUCCGAUUGCACAAAAUUUUGUGAAUGCUCCAAUGGGACAGCAUACCUCCACAGUUGCCCAGAAGGUCUUUAUUUUAAUACUACAUUGAACGCAUGCGAUUGGCCUGAGAACUCAGGAUGCGCUACUAAUCUCUCAACUACAUUAUCUCCAAUUGAGAGUCCUUGCUCUGAUCAAGAAACUACCACUGAAACUUCGUCGACAACAGAGGCAUCUACCGAAUCUUCGAAUAUUUGUGUUGAAGAAAAUAUCGUUUGUCCUGCUGAAGAUGGAGAAGACUCAGUUUACUUCUCUACAUCCGAUUGUACCAAGUUCUGUCAAUGCUCCAAUGGAGUAGCAUAUGAACAUGAUUGUCCAGCAGGUCUUCAUUUUAAUUCCGAACUUAAUGUCUGUGAUUGGCCAGAAGAUGCUGGAUGCGAAAGCAGCUCCACCAAUACAACUACAACAGAAGCAACUACCGAAGAUGACACAACAACGAUCUCAUCAACUACAGAAGCAGCAACCGAAGAUGACACAACAACGACCUUAUCAACUACAGAAGCAACUACCGAAGAUGACACAACAACGACCUCAUCAACUACAGAAGCAGCAACUGAAGAUACAACAACUGCGACUGCUUCCACGACAGAUGCAACGAAUGAUGAUACAACAACAACGACUUCAUCGACAACAGAGGCAUCUACCGAAUCAUCCAAUAUCUGUGUCGAUGAAAAUAUCGUUUGUCCUGCUGAAGAUGGAGAAGAUUCAGUUUACUUCCCUGUAUCUGAUUGUACCAAGUUCUGUCAAUGUUCCAAUGGAGUAGCAUAUGAACAUGAUUGUCCAGCAGGUCUUCAUUUUAAUUCCGAACUUAAUGUCUGUGAUUGGCCAGAAGAUGCUGGAUGCGAAAGCAGCUCCACCAAUACAACUACAACCGAAGCAACUACCGAAGAUGACACAACCACGACCUCAUCAACUACAGAAGCAGCAACCGAAGAUACAACAACUGCGACUGCAUCGACAACAGAGGCAUCUACCGAAUCUUCAAGUAUUUGUGUUGAGGAAAAUAUCGUUUGUCCUGCUGAAGAUGGAGAAGAUUCAGUUUACUUCUCUACAUCCGAUUGUACCAAGUUCUGUCAAUGCUCCAAUGGAGUAGCAUAUGAACAUGAUUGUCCAGCAGGUCUUCAUUUUAAUUCUGACCUUAAUGUCUGUGAUUGGCCAGAAGAUGCUGGAUGCGAAAGCAGCUCCACCAAUACAACCACAACAGAAGCAACUACCGAAGAUGACACAACCACGACCUCAUCAACUACAGAAGCAGCAACCGAAGAUACAACAACUGCGACUGCUUCCACGACAGAUGCAACGAAUGAUAAUACAACAACAACGACUUCAUCGACAACAGAGGCUUCUACCGAAUCUUCAAGUAUUUGUGUUGAAGAAAAUAUCGUUUGUCCUGCUGAAGAUGGAGAAGAUUCAGUUUACUUCUCUACAUCCGAUUGUACCAAGUUCUGUCAAUGCUCCAAUGGAGUAGCAUAUGAACAUGAUUGUCCAGCAGGACUUCAUUUUAAUUCUGACCUUAAUGUCUGUGAUUGGCCAGAAGAUGCUGGAUGCGAAAGCAGCUCCACCAAUACAACCACAACAGAAGCAACUACCGAAGAUGACACAACCACGACCUCAUCAACUACAGAAGCAGCAACCGAAGAUACAACAACUGCGACUGCUUCCACGACAGAUGCAACGAAUGAUAAUACAACAACAACGACUUCAUCGACAACAGAGGCUUCUACCGAAUCUUCAAGUAUUUGUGUUGAAGAAAAUAUCGUUUGUCCUGCUGAAGAUGGAGAAGAUUCAGUUUACUUCUCUACAUCCGAUUGUACCAAGUUCUGUCAAUGCUCCAAUGGAGUAGCAUAUGAACAUGAUUGUCCAGCAGGUCUUCAUUUUAAUUCCGAACUUAAUGUCUGUGAUUGGCCAGAAGAUGCUGGAUGCGAAAGCAGCUCCACCAAUACAACUACAACAGAAGCAACUACCGAAGAUGACACAACAACGAUCUCAUCAACUACAGAAGCAGCAACCGAAGAUGACACAACAACGACCUUAUCAACUACAGAAGCAACUACCGAAGAUGACACAACAACGACCUCAUCAACUACAGAAGCAGCAACUGAAGAUACAGCAACUGCGACUGCAUCCACGACAGAUGCAGCAACUGAAGAUUCUACAACAACGACUUCAUCGACAACAGAGGCAUCUACCGAAUCUUCGAAUAUUUGUGUUGAAGAAAAUAUCGUUUGCCCUGCUGAAGAUGGAGAAGACUCAGUUUACUUCUCUACAUCCGAUUGUACCAAGUUCUGUCAAUGCUCCAAUGGAGUAGCAUAUGAACAUAAUUGUCCAGCAGGUCUUCAUUUUAAUUCCGAACUUAAUGUCUGUGAUUGGCCAGAAGAUGCUGGAUGCGAAAGCAGCUCCACCAAUACAACCACAACAGAAGCAACUACCGAAGAUGACACAACCACGACCUCAUCAACUACAGAAGCAGCAACCGAAGAUACAACAACUGCGACUGCUUCCACGACAGAUGCAACGAAUGAUAAUACAACAACAACGACUUCAUCGACAACAGAGGCUUCUACCGAAUCUUCAAGCAUUUGUGUUGAAGAAAAUAUCGUUUGUCCUGCUGAAGAUGGAGAAGAUUCAGUUUACUUCUCUACAUCCGAUUGUACCAAGUUCUGUCAAUGCUCCAAUGGAGUAGCAUAUGAACAUGAUUGUCCAGCAGGUCUUCAUUUUAAUUCCGAACUUAAUGUCUGUGAUUGGCCAGAAGAUGCUGGAUGCGAAAGCAGCUCCACCAAUACAACCACAACAGAGGCAACUACCGAAGAUGACACAACAACGACCUCAUCAACUACAGAAGCAGCAACUGAAGAUACAGCAACUGCGACUGCAUCCACGACAGAUGCAGCAACUGAAGAUUCUACAACAACGACUUCAUCGACAACAGAGGCAUCUACCGAAUCUUCGAAUAUUUGUGUUGAAGAAAAUAUCGUUUGCCCUGCUGAAGAUGGAGAAGACUCAGUUUACUUCUCUACAUCCGAUUGUACCAAGUUCUGUCAAUGCUCCAAUGGAGUAGCAUAUGAACAUGAUUGUCCAGCAGGUCUUCAUUUUAAUUCCGAACUUAAUGUCUGUGAUUGGCCAGAAGAUGCUGGAUGCGAAAGCAGCUCCACCAAUACAACUACAACAGAAGCAACUACCGAAGAUGACACAACAACGACCUCAUCAACUACAGAAGCAACAACCGAAGAUACAACAACUGCGAUUGCUUCCACGACAGAUGCAGCAACUGAAGAUUCUACAACAACGACUUCAUCGACAACAGAAUCAUCUACCGAAUCUUCAAGUAUUUGUGUUGAAGAAAAUAUCGUUUGCCCCGCUGAAGAUGGAGAAGACUCAGUUUACUUCUCUACAUCCGAUUGUACCAAGUUCUGUCAAUGCUCCAAUGGAGUAGCAUAUGAACAUGAUUGUCCAGCAGGUCUUCAUUUUAAUUCCGAACUUAAUGUCUGUGAUUGGCCUGAAGAUGCUGGAUGCGAAAGCAGCUCCACCAAUACAACCACAACAGAGGCAACUACCGAAGAUGACACAACAACGACCUCAUCAACUACAGAAGCAGCAACUGAAGAUUCAACAACUGCGACUGCUUCCACGACAGAUGCAACGAAUGAUGAUACAACAACAACGACUUCAUCGACAACAGAGGCAUCUACCGAAUCUUCGAAUAUUUGUGUUGAAGAAAAUAUCGUUUGCCCUGCUGAAGAUGGAGAAGACUCAGUUUACUUCUCUACAUCCGAUUGUACCAAGUUCUGUCAAUGCUCCAAUGGAGUAGCAUAUGAACAUGAUUGUCCAGCAGGUCUUCAUUUUAAUUCCGAACUUAAUGUCUGUGAUUGGCCAGAAGAUGCUGGAUGCGAAAGCAGCUCCACCAAUACAACCACAACAGAGGCAACUACCGAAGAUGACACAACAACGACCUCAUCAACUACAGAAGCAGCAACUGAAGAUUCAACAACUGCGACUGCUUCCACGACAGAUGCAACGAAUGAUGAUACAACAACAACGACUUCAUCGACAACAGAGGCAUCUACCGAAUCAUCCAAUAUUUGUGUCGAUGAAAAUAUCGUUUGUCCUGCUGAAGAUGGAGAAGAUUCAGUUUACUUCCCUGUAUCUGAUUGUACCAAGUUCUGUCAAUGCUCCAAUGGAGUAGCAUAUGAACAUAAUUGUCCAGCAGGUCUUCAUUUCAACUCCGAACUUAAUGUAUGUGAUUGGCCAGAAGAUGCAGGGUGUGAGAGUAGCUCUACCACUACAAUCACCAGUAACUAAAUCAAACCCCACCAGGCAUCUUAUUACAAGGAAAAUUAUAUGAUGCAAUAAAUACAUUUGAAAUUAUAGACUUCCGUAUAAUUAAUAUAUACUCAAUGUAAAUAA